ACCCACCAUAGCCUCUGGAACAACAGCCUCGUUGUCCGUUGCAAUCUACUUGGUGCCAUCGAGCACAGCCUGAUCGUAUUUCCCUCGGAUUGUCUGACAACCUCUUUUCCGGACCGCCAGCAACGCCCGCUCUCAUGCAUACAAACACUCGUCGUCAAAGACCUCUGUGUGCGCCCUUGAACACGGCACUUCAUCACGAGACGUAGACAACAGUCCCAGUAUUCAAAGGAAGGCUCGCAGGUCCGCGUCGUGGUAACAUCUUGCCGUAAGGAUACCCUUCGACCACGAGCAGUAUACAGAGCCUAUAGAGGCAGUGUCGUCCAGACCGGGGACAGCUACACAUGGACGCCGCCGCCGUCUUCCAGCAGGGACUUGGCUCCAUGAUCCCUCGACAACCGCAGCAAUACUUCUUCCAUCCGCAAGCGCCGUCCACAUUCCCCCAGCCAGUUCAGUCCGCUACUCCCCUACGACGGCCUCCAACCUCGCACCGAGACGAGGAGGAAGGCAAUCCGCACCGCAUCGCACAUACUCUGACCGCGUGUUGCCGCUGUCGACAGCGAAAAACACGAUGUGAUCCAACACUCCCUCGAUGCCUCCCGUGUGAACGAUCUGGGUCCGUCUGUGAAUACUUCGACACGACCCGGGGGAAGAAGAUCAGCCGGUUCUACGUGGUCAAGCUGCAGGAGAAGGUCCGGCAGCUUGAGGCCGAGCUCUCGCAAUACACCGACGAAGACAAUGACCAUCCCGAGAGCGCCGAAGAUCUCGUGCGGCCUGGUGGCCUCGUCAAACUGAACGAGUCCGACGAGACGCCCCGGUACCUGGGCCCAAGUUCUGGUAUUGCCAUGACCCGGCUGCUCAUGGAACAGGCUAAGCGAUACACGGAUUCUCAGCGCAUAUCAGAACUUAUACCCGAUGUGCGGGCCAGGAGGUUAGACCGCCUGAAUCGGAUGCAGAGCAUUGUUGACUCGGGCGCAAGCAUCAGCGGGCCUGCCGGUCAUGCUGCCAACAAGAAGAGCUUUCCCAUGAUCAGCGAGCUGCCCGCCUCAACUCUGCCCUCGCCGCACAUCACAGACAAGCUCGUCGAAGUCUUCAUGUCGAGAGCACAGUACUUCACCCCGAUUCUGCACGAGAAAGUCUUCGCGAGGGAUUUGCAAGAAGUCCAGGAUGGCAAUAAUGAUUCGUACAAGAACUUUGUGGUGAGGAUGGUGCUUGCCAUCAGUUUGCAGAAGCUCGAUAUCCAGUAUGCAGGUCUCGCCGAUAGUUACUACCUGGCAGCCAUGCAACAUUUCGAGGACGUCAUUCGGACCAAGGAUCUAAAGACGCUACAAUGUCUGAUCCUGAUCGCUUUAUACUCCCUUUUGACGCCCACUCGUAACGUCGUUUUCCACAUUAUCGGUCUUGCCACCCGAAUAUGUCAGCAACUUGGUCUGGCUGAUGAAAAGACCAUUUCUGCCGGCUACAAUAUGGGUCUGAUCGAUGCCCUGCAAAUGGACAUGCGCCGCCGGCUGAGCUGGAUCGUCACCGGAGACGAGCUCGGUCUUGCACAGUCCAUGGGGCGGCCGAAUGGUUUCGCCAAGGGCGAUGACUUUAUUGAUGUUCAGUUCUUCACGACUGUCGACGACGAGUUUAUCACGGAGCAGGGCAUCCAGGCCGGAACACCCAGCGAGAAGAAGCUGGUCGCAAUCCACUUCUGUAAGAUGCGCCUGCGGGAGGCCGAGAUUCGGAGGAUCCUGUACGAGAAGAAGCGCUCAGAGCCCAAGGAUGCGAGCAGCCCUCUCUUUCUCGAAAUGGAGCGAAAGAUCAAGGAAUGGGUUGACACGGCCCCGGCAGAGCCUGUGUGGUGCAAACCAUGGUUCACUGGUCGAUACCAUACUAUGGUGAUCAGCCUUCAUCGGCCGUCACCCCAGAUUCCUAGACCGACGAGUCGUUCAGCUUUGAUAUGCUAUGACUCCUCAGUGUACACCAUCAACCUGUCAAACCAACAGAUCAAGAAAUCCGCAGUCGACAUCACGUGGGAAUUUGUGCUUUGCCUCAACAUGUCACUUAACGUCCUCCUGUGGGCCAUCUCGUAUCGCGAAGUGAGGGAAGAGCACUCCAAGGAAGAAGUCGAGGAGAUCAUCAACGUUGCUUUGGAUGUCAUCGAUCAGUGUUCUGAACGCUGGCCCGGCACCAAGAAUGCGUCGCAACUCUACUCCGUCCUGGGGAGGGCCUGUCUGCAGAGCUACGACACGAACGACGACCCCUCGGACGCGGCGCCGAGCGCUUUCACAUCACCUCUGCUAGCUGACAGCGACUCACCAGCGGCUUCCGAUAAUUCCGUGCCCACGACAAUAUCGAAUGGGUCGGCUUAUGCGCAGAACCAACAGCGCCCUGUCUUCACUCAACCUGUCUUCGGCUACACUGUGGACGCACCUGAGAACAUGAACGUCUUUAAUUUUGAUACAAACCCAUUCCAACAGCCGACGUUCCGGUCCAACUCCAUUUUCAAGAAUCCCUCCAGCGACCCUAUGGACGGCCGCCGGCCUUCCUAUGGAUACUUUCCGCCUGAUUUCAAGCAGCCGUCGCCAGGUGAACCUCCGGUUACGACAGACCUGCGGCCGCCACCACCACCACCUGUAAACUCUCAUCAGACGCAAUCUUCUCCCACGAACACGCGUUUGGACCAAAUCCCAACACCCCCGGACUCAAAUACGGCUAGUUCACACUCCUUUUCUCCACCACACACCAUGUCGCCCGGCACAGCAGGAAGCCCGACACCAAAGAUGGCAUACAGCAAUCCAAUGCCUCUAGGCCCAGGGCAGCAGCAGCAGCAGCUACCUCCGGUCCAAAUCAAACAGCCACAUCCGCAACAACAGCCACAGCCGCAGCAGCAGCAGAGGCCUCUACCACAAGCUGGUGGCCUCUCUGACUGGUUUUCACCACCGCCGCCCUUCAUCUCGCCAUACUCUUUCGGUGGUAUGAACUCUACCAACGGUUUCUGGAACGAGUCAGCGGUGUCGAACGCGGCCUUCUCCGGCCUGAUGGGCAGUGGCGAAUACCCGGGCCCUCAACCGACCAGUGUUCCAGGUCCCACGAGUGGCUUCGGCGGCGGGCAGGGGAUGCCUUCUGGUUUCGGCUUCGCCGCACAGCGCCACGGCAGUCUCAGCGCCGACCAGCAGAUCGAGCUCAUGAACAUUCUCGAAACAGACGGUGUGGGCGAGAUCAACAACUUCUUGGGCAUGGACAUGAGUGGAAUUGGUGGAAAUCCGGGACCAGAUGGAAAUAUUCGCUGGAAUUGA